AUGGCAGCGGCGGAAGCCCAAGAGGCAAAGGCGAAGUGCGGCAGCUGUGGCUUGGAGUAUUCCCAACAGGAAGGACGUCUACAUGGACGAAACUUCAAGUGCGGCAAUUGCAAGAAUGUGGAGCAGACGUUGCGGCGUCAUCUUGGCACCACCGCGGACUUGCAAGAGUUCUCCCAAGAGGAGAGUGAGAAGUUCUUUAAGGCGACUCAUGCCGCCAAAUGUCUUGACGGGAAGCUUGCUUGGCAAACCAUCCGGGCGACUCUGCUGAAGCGCAUGACGGAAAUGAGGAUUAAGUCCUUUGAGAGCAAGGUCGCGGUGGAAGAACUUCCUUUGUCCGUGCUGCUGACGCGAAACGUUGCUGGAAAGGGAAAAGCAAGCAAAAAGAGGGGGAGCAAAGACAUGGACGUGCCUCUCGCUGGCCCAAGCGGGAAGGAGGAAGCGGAGGCUAAGAAGGCGGACCGCAAGAAAGCCCAAGAGGCUAAGAAGGUUGUCACCGAGAAUGUGAAGAUUGCAACCUGGGCGGCCAAGUGCCUCGGACCUCUGACCCAAGCGGAAACCUCCCUCACCAAGGUGAUUGCCAAGGGAGAAACUGUGCCAGAGGCAGAACAAGAAGCUCUGACACUGUGUCAGGAAAGCCUCCUGACGGCAAAAAGGUGGAUCCGUGCAGCGAAGGACGCUGUAAGCUUGCAGGAUCGGAACAAAGAAAAAGGAGAAGAUGCCCAGGAGGCUCUGACGACCUUGCCUUGUGAUGCGGCCGAUGUCAAGGUGCUCCUGAAGCAAAUCACGGAGGCCCAGAAGCACAUUUCGAAGUCAAAAUGUACAAAACACCUCAGCGUCGGACCACUUUUGGAAGUUGAGAUGUCGAAAAAGUGCACGCCGUGGUGGCGCGAAGCACAUUUCGAAGUCAAAAUGUUCAAAACACCAGGGGUUCGGACCAAUUUUGGAGGUUCAGAUGUCGAAAAAGUGCAUGCCGUUGUCGCGCGAAGCACAUUUCGAGGUCAAAAUGUUCAAAACACUAGGGGUUCGGACCACUUUUGGAGGUUCAGGUGUCGCUCGCUUCGCUUCACUACAAUAUACUACAUUGCACUACACUACACUACACUUCACUACACUUCACUACAUCACACUACACUACACUCCACAACACUACAACUACAACUACACAACUACACUCUACUACACUCCACUACACUCCACAACAGUCCACUACACUAA